CAAUUUGUAUUAAGCUUUGCUACUAUUUGUGUUGUAAACUGUCGCGUAUAAUGACCAAACACAGAGUAUAACGCCAUGCGAUUCAAGAAAAAUUACUAUAUAUUACUAGAACGAGUUAUAAAAUUAAUUACUAAGUAUCAUAUGUAAAAAAAUUAAAUAUAAAGGAAUUUAUACUAUAGGAAACAUACGUGAAUUAAAUAAUAAUUACCGCUAUUGCUAUAAUGAAUACUUUCAGUGUAAAUUUAUCAAUACCUUUCCCAUCAAAAAGGGAAGCAGAAAUUGCUUAUCAAGUACUAAUAGUUGAUAAAGAGCCCUCAAGAGGUAGUAUUACAAAGAAAUUGACACUAGAUAAUAAUUUAUUACAAAUAUUAAUUUGUGGAACUGAAGCACGAAAAGUUAGAGUGGCAUUAACAUCAUUUUUUGAUAGUUUAAUUUUAGUAACAGAAACUAUGCAACUUCUUGAUCCACCUGUACCAACUUACAAUUAUUAUUAAGUAAAUAUUCAUUGUUAAAAUUA